AUGGUCUUACCCAAGCUUUUCCCUGCUUCCUCUCGUGCAGCUUUGCAAGCUGCACGUCGUUCGGUUCCAUUUACCGGUGUUAGAGGUUUAGCCUCUGCUGCCGCUACUAACGGUAAAGUUAGAGCUGUUAUUGGUGCCGUCGUGGAUGUUCAAUUCGAUCAAGAAAAUUUGCCAGAAAUUUUGAACGCCCUAGAAAUUGAAAGACCUCAAGGUAAAUUGGUUUUGGAAGUUGCUCAACAUUUGGGUGAAAACACCGUUAGAGCAAUUGCCAUGGAUGGUACCAGUGGUCUAGUUCGUGGUGCUCCUGUCUCUGAUACUGGUGCUCCAAUUUCCGUCCCAGUUGGUAAGGAAACCCUAGGUAGAAUUAUCAACGUUAUUGGUGAACCAAUUGAUGAAGCUGGUCCAAUCAACACUACAGUUAGAAGACCAAUUCACGCUGAAGCACCAUCAUUUGUCGAGCAAUCCACUAACUCUGAAGUUUUGGAAACCGGUAUUAAGGUUGUCGAUUUGUUAGCUCCUUACGCUAGAGGUGGUAAGAUUGGUCUUUUCGGUGGUGCUGGUGUCGGUAAAACCGUUUUCAUCCAAGAAUUGAUUAACAACAUUGCUAAGGCCCAUGGUGGUUUCUCAGUUUUCACCGGUGUCGGUGAAAGAACCAGAGAAGGUAACGAUUUGUACCGUGAAAUGAUGGAAACUGGUGUCAUUGACUUGAAGGGUGAAUCUAAGGUCGCCUUGGUUUUCGGUCAAAUGAACGAACCACCAGGAGCUAGAGCCAGAGUUGCUCUAACUGGUUUGACCGUGGCUGAAUACUUCAGAGAUGAAGAAGGUCAAGAUGUCUUGCUUUUCAUUGACAACAUUUUCAGAUUUACCCAAGCUGGUUCCGAAGUGUCUGCCCUUUUGGGUCGUAUUCCAUCUGCUGUCGGUUAUCAACCAACUUUGUCUACUGAUAUGGGUGCUUUGCAAGAAAGAAUUGCAACCACUCAAAAGGGUUCCGUUACCUCCGUCCAAGCCGUCUACGUGCCAGCAGAUGAUUUGACUGAUCCUGCUCCUGCCACCACUUUUGCCCACUUGGACGCUACCACCGUGUUGUCCAGAGGUAUUUCUGAAUUGGGUAUUUACCCAGCCGUGGAUCCAUUGGAUUCCAAAUCUCGUUUGUUAGACGCUUCUAUCGUUGGUGAAGAGCACUACAACACUGCAUCUAACGUUCAAAUGACUCUACAAGCUUACAAAUCUUUGCAAGAUAUCAUUGCCAUUUUGGGUAUGGAUGAAUUGUCUGAACAAGACAAGCUAACCGUGGAAAGAGCAAGAAAGAUCCAAAGAUUCUUGUCUCAACCAUUUGCUACCGCUCAAGUUUUCACCGGUAUCGAAGGUAAACUGGUUAGAUUAAAGGACACUAUCAGAUCUUUCAAGGAAGUUUUGGAUGGUAAAUACGAUCACUUGCCAGAAAAUGCCUUCUACAUGGUUGGUGGUAUUGAGGAUGUUAUCGCUAAGGCUGAAAAAUUGGCUGCUGGUGGUAACUAA